AUGGCUCCUCCAGUCCGUCCAUCACGCUCACUAGAAGGACUAGAGCGAGUAAUUCCACCACUCUCUCCAUCCCAACACUCUCCUCUCUUCCUCAACAAGCCUCUCCCCGCAAAACCUCUCUCGCCAGAAUGUUCGGCAAUGUGGAGCGACAGUGACUCCCAAAUUACCCUCGACAGUAUCACCGCCAGCGAACCACGCUACUCAACAGACAGCUACCCCAUCUUCGUGAGUUCCGGCCACGACUUCGACGACUUGGAUCCCUCCGAUCAACUCCUAGUGCCAUCACCACCAUCCAAGCACACCGACUCCAUCAAUAUCAAGAUCAAGAUCCACGAGCCCCAAAUCACCGAACAGCCCUCAGUCUCCCUCUCAUCCUCCUUCGACACCCAAUACGGCUCAUCACCAGUAACCUGGUCCCAAAACCGAACAGGCACGAACCACUACUUCCGCGAAAAGAAGUGGGACUAUUUCCCCGAACUAGCCCCAUCACCCCUCCAAGCCAGCGGCCGCAUCAGCCCAAACAUGUCCCUAAGCAAACCGCGCAAAAAGGGCCUCGCGCUGGAUUUCACAAAGGGCAAAUGCCGCGGCAGUCUCGGCGGCGUCCGCGACUCAAUCAAAACAUACGUCCACCGCACCCUCUCCCGCGACUCAACAGAAACUAAAGCCAAGGACCUCCCCCGUCCAUCCACUGCACCAAUGGACCACCACCUCAACGACGUGGGGAGUAUUCUCAGUCGCAGAACAGACACACCUCCGCACACGGGUUUGGCUUUGGACACGGGCAUCACGCGCACGGUCUCUGUGGCGACUUCCUCCAGUGAAUACGACUAUACGAAUCAUAAAUUCCACCUGCAAACGCCCAUCUCGCCUACAUCGGAUUCGCCGGUAUUCACGCCCGAGGAACCGAUAACUCCCAGGCCUAAACAGCUGGCAGUUCCGCUUUCGCCGUAUCAGAAAUACGGGGCUGCGAUCUGGGAAAAGAAAGAGAAGGCUGGUAAGCGUGUUCUGGCUCCGUAUAAGUCGUCGCCGAAUCUGGGCGAGAGUUCGUCCUCGGCGCCCGAGCUGUCGUUAACGGGGAGGAGUGUGUUGUUGGCUAAGAAGAUGAUUGUGGAGGCGAAGGAGGAGAGGAGGAGGGAGCAGCUUAAGGCGAGGAUUAAGCUGGUUGGGCCGGUUAAUCCGCAUACCUAUGUUCAGGCUGAUCCAUGGAUUUAG